AUUUGCUGAGACAAGAGAAUUCUAGGCACUUUGCCGAGAAUGCUGAGGUUAAGCUCCAAAAUGAACCGUCGCAUUCACACGGAAAAUCAUUGGAAGAUAGGGAGACUGAUGAAUUCUUAAAUUUAGAAAAUAAAGAAAAUAAGGAAUGA